UAAAACCCUAAUAUAUAUAACUCGCUACUCAAUAUUGGCUUCGUCUUUAACUCUUCGUUGCAGCCUCCCUUUCUAAGAUCUUUUGCUUCUCUUUGUUCUUAAAGCCAAAUUCAAAGAGUCAAUAUGUCAGGUGAUGAGGCUGUUGCUCCAGUUGUUCCUCCGGUUGCUGAGGCAGCUGCGAUCCCAGAGGACAUGGAUUUGAUGACUGCAGUGCAGUUGACAAUCAGGAAAUCUCGUGCUUAUGGUGGUGUUGUUCGUGGUCUCCAUGAAAGUGCUAAGCUUAUUGAGAAGCGUGUUACUCAGCUCUGUGUGUUGGCUGAGGACUGUAACCAGCCUGAUUAUGUCAAGCUGGUUAAAGCUCUUUGCGCUGACCACAACAUCAACUUGCUUACAGUUCCAAGUGCCAAAACCCUCGGUGAAUGGGCUGGUCUUUGCAAGAUUGAUUCAGAGGGCAAUGCUAGGAAGGUUGUUGGAUGCUCAUGUCUUGUAAUCAAGGACUACGGUGAGGAGACAACUGCCCUAAACAUCGUCAAGAAGCAUAUUGAAUCUAACUAAAUCAAGCAAAGGUCAAGUGUUCAGAUGCUUUUACCCUAAAAGGAGCGCAUUUUUUACUUGUGGCCACUCUCUUUUUUUCCUCUUGUCUUCGCUGUUUUUGAUAUUUAAUACUCAGUAGUGGACAGGUCUUGAGAUUUAUUUUGAAACAUGAAGUUUUGAUGUUAUGUAGGUUCUAUCACUUUCAACUUUGCCCAUUAUCAUUUUAUAGUUUUGCUGCUUUUAAUGA